UAGAUAGCUGUAGGCUGCAGCUUGCCACCAAAAGUUUCAAACUCAGUACUCACUGAUAAAUAAAGCCUCUCCUCAGUAGACGAUCAGACGCGGUGCUAUAUGCACGUGGUCGCGUAGCAACACGUGUUACAGUAAAUACUUAUUUUAUCAGUUUAAAAGUGUAUAUCUAUUAUUUCUUUCGUGUAAGGUGUGUAAGCCGUAUAUGCGGUGGUUUUGUAAAUGAAUAUUAGUUUGCAUUCUACGUCCUUGAUUAGAUACAUGGAUUAAUAAAGCAAAUUUUAACAAGGAAACGCAAGAAGCGGAACGACUGCAUAUAUUUAAGAAGUCAAUGUGUGUAACAGAGACGUUUUGUAUUUUAUGUACUUUUUAAAAACAUUAAUGUCUUGUAACUAUUAGUGAAACACAUAAAUUUAAAAAAAGAAGCAAGAAACGCGCGCGGAAGUGAAUUUAUAUUCUAUAAACAAAAUUUGAAAAAAGAGCGGUGAAGUGGAUCAAAAGUGAUGUAGUUUUAAUAUGAUUUGAACUUAUUUGGACAUUCAACAUGGAGAUAAGGGUAUGGAUUGUGAUUAUGAUUUACGGGAGCAAAGCUGCAGUGUUGCCACCGCCAUGGGCAGAUGUGCAAAGGAAUCCUUGCGCAGCGCACCCGCGUGGUUGGUUGAUGCUCUAUUGGCCGAAUGAUGGGAAAUGUUAUACAAUAUACAAGAAGGGUCACCCGUGCCCAGAUACUCAAGAAUUGAGCCCAGGUCGUCGAGGUUCGAUGACGGUAGCUGAAUGCAAGUGUCCUCCCGGCACCGCACAAUUGCCUCACACGACAACGUGUCAUAAACUCUUCGAGAGAGGCCCUUGUAGGAAAGGCGAGUACUUCGCACCAGUCGAGGAGUCCUUCAAAAAGAGAGGUGAACGCCAAGGCAUAUGCGUGAGGCCAAAGCAAUGUGCUGAUGAGACCUUGCUGUACUGGCCCUCGGAUGACCAGUGUUACUACCGGAUGUCGCAGGGUCCUUGCUUCCCGGGAUCCAUAUUGGAUGUUGGGAAAGAUGGACUGGCUAAUUGUACGUGCGAAAAAGAUGGUCCAAACUACUGGCCCGUAGAUGGCAGCUGCUACUCCCACUACACGAGAGGGCCGUGUGAGAAGGGGCAGCUGUUCCUGCCUGGAGCAAAGUGUGGCUGUGAGAGACAUCUACCGCACUAUCAUAAUGAGACUGAAGGAUGUUAUGAAUUAGAUACCGGCGGGCCGUGUCCCAAGGGGCACACGUUCUCCCUAGCGCAGUCGGGCGCGAGCCGCCGCGCGCAGUGCACGUGCCGCGCCUUCCACGCGCGCGCGCCCGACGGCGCGUGCUACCGGCUCUACACGCGCGGGCCCUGCGCGCACGGCGAGAUGCUGGCGCGGGACGGCAGGUGUACCAAGGUGCCGUGCGCGCGCGGGCGCCUGUACUGGCCGGCGCGGCGGCGCUGCUACCGGCCGGGCGCGGCGGAGCCCUGCCCCAAGGGCGAAGUGCUGUCCUUCGACUUCGAGGCGCGCCCCGCCGUGGACGGGCUCAGCCACAACGGCGUGUGCGCGUGCGGCCCGGGGGGGCUCUGCGUCAGGAAGAAGAUUAUAACAUGUCUAUCACGUCCAGGAGCCGUAAUAUUUGCCAAUACUUGUCACAUUCUCUACACACAAGGCCCUUGCCCCACUGGCUCUUGGCUCAUUAGAGACGGACUUGGCAAAGCGAAGUGUCAGUGCCGACCUGACACUCAAUGUGACAGUUGACAUUGACAACUGGAAAAUUUGAAAAUUAUAACAUGGACAAUAAGAAAUGUAUUCAAAUAGGCGCAGUUUGGCUGUGUGUUGUUGUGAAAAAAAUAAUAUGAAUAUAAAUAAUUAAGGACAGUGCCAUGAAUAUAUCAAUUUAAUUAUAUUAGAGGUAUUGUCAUUGAUAUAAAAUAAAUAAUUAGUCACAAUCGCGUUUAAAACAUGAAAAUUGUCCGAAAUAAAACUCUGCCUA